AUGAAAAAUGUUGGCAAAACCCUCGUUUCUUGUACUCAGGGAUCUAAGGUUUCUCUGGCUGAUCUCCAAGGGGAUGAAGAACACGCUUUCAGGAAGAUUAGCCUUAGAACCGAGAAUGUUCAAGGAAAGAAUCUCCUGACAAAUUUCUGGGGGAUGAGUCUCACCACUGACAAAUUGAGGUCGUUGAUUCGUAGGAAGAUGAGAGAAAUAAUGACCAACCAAGCAUCAUUCUGUGAUUUGAAAGAAUUGUUUGUUUUAGGCAUUGGAGGUAUUAUAGCUCAGACACUGGAAGAGCAGAUAUUCCGCUGGUUUCGAGCAGCUGAGUUAACUUGUGAUCGUGCAGCUCUUCUCAUUGCUCAAGACCUUAAAGUUGUCAUCUUUGUGCUCAUGAAAUUAGCCGGUGGAUGCCCAUCUUUGGCUGAUCAACUAAAUGUUGAUGCAUUCCUGUAG